UACCGUCUUGGCCAAGUUUUCAGUGUUUAGGCUAGAGCUACACUUUGUCACAUAGAGAGAGAUGGCUCGAGGAGUGGCAGUGAAGUCGAGUGCGAAGAAGAAAGGAGUAGCGUUCGUGAUUGACUGCUCCAAACCAGUCGAUGAUGAGAUCAUGGAGAUAGCCACGCUUGAGAAGUUUCUUCAGGAACGAAUAAAGGUCGGAGGCAAACCAGGAGCUCUUGGCGACUCCGUUUCCAUUACAAAAAAUAAAGGAAAGAUCACCGUCACAGCCGAUUCCAACUUCUCCAAACGGUACUUGAAGUAUCUGACGAAGAAGUACUUGAAGAAGUACAACAUCCGUGAUUGGCUUCGCGUGGUUGCGUCGAACAAAGACAGAAACGUGUAUGAGCUAAGAUACUUCAACAUCGAAGACGAUGCAGCUGGUGAUGAAUAAGAUUAACCCACUCUCUUCUUCAUUUCUUUUGCUACUAUACUUUAAACA